AAAAAAAAGAAAAUACAGCAAAAAAGUAAAUUAUCAUUCGAUGUUGAAGAUGAUGAAGAGGACGAAGAAAAUAAAGAAGAAAAAGAUGUAAAAGAAGAAAAGAAAACAGAUGAAAAUAGUGAUGAAAAUAUAGAUAGUGAAAAUAGCAACAACAACAACAACAACAAUAAUAAAAAAGUGAGAUUUUUUGGUAAAGACCCAACAGUAAAUACAGACUUUUUACCAGAUAUAGAAAGAGAAGAGGAAGAAAGAUUAGAAAGAGAAAGAUUGGCAAAAGAGUGGUUAGAAAAACAAGAGGUUAUUAAAGCAGAGGAAAUAGAAAUCACAUACAGUUAUUGGGAUGGUUCAGGCCACAGAAGAAGUUUAAAAUGCACAAAAGGAACUACUAUAGAAAAGUUUUUAGAGGCUGCAAGAAAAGAGUUUAAAGAGCUAAGAGGUGUUACUGUCGAUCACUUAAUGUUUAUUAAAGAGGAUAUUAUUAUUCCACACGACUAUUCAUUUUAUGAUUUAAUUAUUUCAAAAGCAAGAGGUAAAAGUGGUCCAUUAUUUAAAUUCGAUGUUCACGAGGAUGUUAGAGUAAUGAAUGAUGCAUCUGUUGAAAAGGAUGAAUCCCAUGCAGCAAAGAUGGUAGAAAAGGGAUGGUACGAAAGAAAUCGUCAUAUUUUCCCAGCUUCAAGAUGGUGUGUUUACGAACCCGGUAUGGAAUUUAGUAAAUAUACCAUAUCAGACAAGUUAUCUAAAUAA